AUGUCCAGCCAACCUCUCCUCCAAACCGCUCCUGGCAAACGAAUCGCCCUCCCCACCCGUGUCGAGCCGAAAGUCUUCUUCGCAAACGAGCGCACCUUUCUCUCAUGGCUCAACUUCACGGUCAUCCUCGGCGGCCUAGCCGUCGGCCUCCUCAACUUCGGCGACCGUAUCGGCCGCAUCUCCGCCGCGCUCUUCACCGUCAUCGCCAUGGGCGCCAUGAUCUAUGCUCUGGUGACGUUCCACUGGCGCGCACAGAGCAUCCGGCGCCGCGGGCAGGGUGGUAUCGAUGAUCGGUUUGGGCCGACGAUUCUUGCUAUUGCGCUGCUGGCAGCGGUGAUUGUGAAUUUCAUUCUGCGGAUCAAGGAUGGGCAGACGAAUUAG